UUUCUCCUCUGUUGUACUCACUCCCACUAGCCACCAGUUCGCCCUAAGACCAAAAGUUCCAUCCCAAAUAAAAGUAGGACAUGUGCUUCUUGUUCUUUGGUUGUUUAUUUUGUCGGUGAAGAGAAACAUGAAUGAAGAGAUGAAUGGCGUGGAAGCUCAUACUAGCAGUCCUCGUCACUUAGAGAAUAUUAAUGGAGAAGAGAAAAUAGAGUAUGUGUUCAAGAUAGUGGUGAUCGGUGACUCCGCAGUGGGGAAGACUCAGUUGCUGUCAAGGUUUGCAAAGAAUGAGUUCUGUUUUGACUCCAAGUCCACAAUUGGUGUCGAUUUCCAGACCAGGACUGUCACCAUUAAAGGCAAAGUCAUCAAGGCCCAGAUCUGGGAUACUGCAGGCCAAGAAAGGUACCGAGCAGUUACCAGUGCAUAUUACAGAGGUGCGCUGGGGGCCAUAAUUGUCUACGACAUCACCAAGAGACCUUCCUUUGAUCACGUCGCGAGGUGGGUCGAGGAGCUCCGGGCCAACGCAGACAAUUCAAUAGUGAUGGCGAUGACUGGAAACAAAGCCGAUCUUGUGGACGAACGGGCGGUCCCAACAGAAGACGCUGUUGAGUUCGCGGACGAUCAGGGCCUCUUCUUCUUUGAAACAUCAGCUUUUAGUGGUGCAAAUGUGGACAUUGCAUUCUUUAAGCUGCUUGAAGAAAUUUACAGUGUCACUUCUAAGAAGUCAUUGGAAGCCAGCAAUGGAAUACCAAAUGGAAGUACUGAUCAUGCCUCCUCGUCGCUUAAAGGCUCGAAGAUCGAUGUUAUUUCAGGGGCCGAUCUGGAGAUUAGCGAGAUCAAGAAAUUAUCUGCCUGUUCUUGUUGAUGUUGGCAUUUCAAAUUAACGUUAUGACGAUUGAGAGUUGUUGUUAUGGAAUCAAAUUUUAUGUUAAGUUGAUAUGGGUUGCAUUAUGCAUA